UGCUAUGUCAGAUGAGGAAGGCUGGAGAGUUCCAGCGCGGUUAGCAUAGGGGGUGCGUCACUGCGCUAACGUUUUUAAUGUUUACGAAAUCGUCGCGUUGUUAGACGAGCAGACAACAGUUUUGCAUAUGUGAAAGACACGCAGAUGUUACCGUCCAGUGUUUCGGAGGUGCACUUGUCCUGGUUUAGCGGUGGCAAUGGUGAGUUGCGUGGGAGGGGUACCAACUUAGCUAACGAGAUCACCAUUGGGAAACGAGCAAGCGGCGGUGGCUAACACCAUUUAACUGAUCAGCUUCUGGAUUCCUAGAACUGGCAAGCAUCUACCUGAGUGUUGUGUGAGUUAGAUGUACUGUUUCUCUUGUUGCAAGUAAGACCACGAGACCAGGCGUAAUGUUAACAUGCGGGUAGGGUAACGGGGCGUCCUGUGCGUAAAAUGCGCUAAUGUCAUUGGGCUUGGCAGGUUAUUCAAAACAACUGCUGUUUUAGGCCAGUGCGCAUUUUAAUGUAGCCAAACAAAUCAAUAUGCCAGCUGCCCCGUUGCGUUUAAUCGCAUCAGAUAACGCUGGUUAACUACCCGCGUUUGUUUACAUAGUAGGAUAUUAUCGUAAGCGUUUCCCCUGGCAACUAGUUCAGAUGGAGCCCGAAGAGAUAGAAAGCGUCAUCGGUGAGGUUGACAGCAACGGUGAUGAUGAUGCACGGGAGGACUGGACCCUUCUCAUCUGGACCUCCCUGGCCGUGCUGGUGCCAGUCAUCAUCACGCUGUGGUGCAGCGUGAGACGCUCUAAGCGGCAGGUGUACAUGAAGGACUUCGUCCGCAAGAGCAAGCACGGCUGGCACUACACGGAUCUCUUCAACAAGCCCACGUACUGCUGCGUGUGCUCGCAGCACAUCCUGCAGGGCGCCUUCUGCGACGGCUGCGGCAUCUGCGCGGACGAGCAGUGUCUGCGUCGAGCCGACCGCACCAUGGUGUGCAAGGAGAUCAUGUCCGCGCCGCAGGCGGAUGGCACGCUCAAACACCGCUGGGUGCGUGGGAAUGUGCCCCUCUGCAGCUACUGUGCGGUGUGCAAGCAGCAGUGCGGCACUCAGCCAAAGCUGUGCGACUACAGGUGUGUGUGGUGCCAGACCACGGUCCAUGAGGACUGCAAGACGAGCCUGGAGGAGGGGGAGGGGGAGGAGAGGGGCGAGCGCUGUGACCUGGGGGAGUUCCACAGCCUCAUCAUCCCCCCGCACUACCUCUACAACGUCAACAAGCUGCGACGCAGACAGCCGGACGAAUACAGCAAGUUGGCGGUGGCGUGUGGGGAGGGCUGGGCUCCGGUGCUGGUGCUGGCCAACACGCGCAGUGGCAACAACAUGGGAGAGGCACUACUGGGGGAGUUCAGAUCACUACUCAACCCUGUACAGGUGUUUGACCUGUCUGAGUUGGCCCCCUCCAAGGCUCUGCAGCUGUGCACCCUGCUGCCUCCGGGCCGCGUGAGGGUGCUGGUGUGUGGGGGGGACGGCACGGUGGGCUGGGUCCUGGAUGCCAUCGACACCAUGAAGCUGAAGGGCCAAGACCAGUUUAUCCCACGGGUGACGGUGCUCCCGCUAGGCACGGGUAACGACCUGUCCAACUCGCUGGGCUGGGGGGCUGGCUACGCUGGGGAGAUCCCCGUGGAGCAGGUGCUCAGGAACAUCCUGGACGCGGAGGUGGUCAAAAUGGACAGAUGGAAAGUUCAAGUGGUCUCCAAAGGCCACUUUCUGAGGAAGCCAAAGGUUUUGUCGAUGAACAAUUAUUUCUCGGUGGGGCCGGACGCCCUGAUGGCUCUCAACUUCCACACGCAUCGGGAGAAGACCCCGUCCUUCUUCUCCAGCCGUAUUAUCAAUAAGGCUGUUUAUUUUCUAUAUGGCACUAAGGACUGCUUAGUGCAGGAAUGUAAAGAUCUGGAUAAGAGGAUUGAGCUGGAGCUGGAUGGUGAGAGGGUGACCCUGCCCAGUCUGGAGGGCAUCAUCGUGUGCAACAUCGGCUACUGGGGAGGAGGCUGCAGGCUGUGGGAGGGGAUGGGGGACGAGCCCUGCCCACCGACACGGCUGGAUGACGGUCUGCUGGAGGUGGUGGGAGUCUACGGCUCGUUCCACUGUGCUCAGAUCCAGGUGAAGCUGGCCAACCCUGUGCGACUCGGCCAGGCCCACACAGUCAGGCUGGUGCUGAAGAGCUCGCGCAUGCCCAUGCAGGUGGACGGGGAGCCGUGGGCCCAGGGCCCGUGCACCAUCACCAUCACCCACAAGACGCAGGCCCUCAUGCUGUACCACAGCGCCGAGCAGACCGACGAGGACGAGGAGGACGAGGACUCCAGCGCCUCCGACGGAGAGGGACACCACCCGGCAACGGCGGUCAGGCACAACCGUCACUUAAGUGACAACGACGCAAGUGACAAGGGGGACAAAGACGAGAUGACGGAUUAAGGAUGGUUACUGUAUGGCCCAGGGUCUCGAUGCUCUCUCUCUCUCUCUCUCUCUUUAUCUCUUUCUCUCUGUCUCUCUCUGUCUCUCGCUCUAUUUCUCUCUCAAAGUUGAAACCAUCGCCAUCCUCCACAACACGCAGGCUCAUGUUCCACCAUCAUGCCGAGCAGACUGAUGAGGAGGGCGGUGUGGAGGAGGAGGACUCAGGGUGCAUUCCAAUAUGCGACCUUGCGUCCUCCACUUGGGCUUGUGGCCUCAUGUUUUGCUGAUGCCCCGCCUCCGUGGAGAAGACAUUUAAGUUUCCCCGCUGUCAGCCUAGCCAAAACAGUUUUUUGGGGACUAUUCUUCAUUCACCAUACUGUUUGAAAAUGAGAAUAUGACUUUACAAUUGAGCUUUUGUGAGAUAUUGAAAUAUAAUGCUGCUGUCAGUGAUGCCAUCAUGACGAAUUACUUCCUGGUACGAGGCCACAAGCACAAGUGGAGCAUAUUGGAACGCACCCUGAGAGGGACCCAACACGGAGGGACACCCGGCUUCACCACGGCCAUAAGAGAUGCAUGACCAGCAAUCACGCAAGUGACAAAGAUUACAAGAGGAGACAAGGAAGAGAUGACGGAUUAAGAUUUUUUUUGCGUGUGUUGCCUCGCGUGCUGCCAUUCGUGUGUCCAAAAUUCAGCUCAGAGGUAAACACUCCGCCAACACCAUCAUCGCCACACACAAACGACACAUAAAGGAGCCUUAACGUAGAAAGUGAAAGCCCCAUUAAGGGAAACUCCACAGCACACAAGCGAACACUGCACACAACGAAAUUGCAUUUAUUCCUCACCCAUGCAAGGGGGCAGCCCCCAAUGGCGCCCCAAGGGAGCAGUGCGGCGGGACGGUACCAUGCUCAGGGUACCUCAGUCAUGGAGGAGGAUGGGGGAGAGCACUGAGAGCCCCCACCAGCCUGGCGGUUCGCGAGUCAAACCGGCAACCUUUGGGCUGCAAGUCUGACACCCUAACCGCUUACCCAUGACUGCCCUUAACAAUGCUUGUAAAUGACGCAAGUGGCGUGUUCCUUUUUUAGUUUAACAUAGCGGCGCAAGCAUCGGCCUCAUCGACAAUGCGCGCAAUGCGCAUCAAGUAUCAAGACAUAUUUUGUUGUGCAUCGGCGCACUAGGGCCGCCCAUCGUACCGAUGCGUUGACCAUGUAAGCAGUUUUUUUUUGUGUGUGUCCCAAUGUUCGCGUCAAAACCCCCAGUUCAGAUGUAAAAACCCUGCCACAGUUUCCAUAAAACUACCUUAUUGAGUAUUGAGUACUCCCUAUGACCAGCUGAUUUUAGAGCAGCUUGGAUCAAAUUCAUGGCAAGAUGUUUUUUUAUCUGAACCUGGGGUUGAUACCUCUGCUAAUAUUCCGUUACUCCUCUUGCUCUGCGCACAUGCAAAAUAUGCCCUCAUGCGUACAUCAGGGAUGAGACUAAUCAUAAGGCUGUAUUACAAGGCACUGUCAUUCUAUGUCAAUUAAUGCACAUUCCUGACACACGCUCUCGUUCUAUCUCCACACACACAGCUCACCUCAGUAUUCUCCUCAAGAGUACACCUCCUCAAGUAUCCAAUCACUGCUGCUCCCUCAGUUAUCCCAAACCCUGUGCUUGCAGCCAUGGCCACAGUUUAUGGGGUGGAUGACGUUUUAGUAUUAGCACACGUGACGUCAGGGUGGUGCAACCACACCCAAUGCCAAUAUUGUAUGGAUUCUUUUUUUGCUUUGUUUUAGGGGAUUGUGUAAAAAGCAUAUACAUGGGUUCUAAUUUUUUGUCUUCUCCUGGCUACGCGACACUAGCUGUGCACAACUUAACUUCUGAUUGUUGGAAACCGCUGUCGGUCAAAAAACAUGGUUGGCUGGUAGUGUCUUGCCCCGCUUCACAACAUUGUGUUUAUAAACACGGUGAACCCAUGUAUUCAUUGCAGUAAUUUCCAAUUACUAAUUAAUUCGUGGGCAUCAGCUGUGGUUGUACCACCUGACGUCUUAGCCCAAAGGUCAUUGACCCUCACGCCUUUACUGAGAUUAUCUUAAAGGGUACCUUCCCUUCCACUAUAUAACAAACAUAAUGUGAAAAUAUGAACCCUGGACAAUUUGUCCCCACCACUGUUCUAACCACACCUACAGCGUUGCUUGCAGCCCCGUGUCCUCACCUCAUAAGGCCACAAGCUGUAGUAAAUAAUGUAGUUUUAUUUUGCACUGUCAUACACACAAAUGAGAUUGGCUAGUAAAGCAGAAAAAAACUACAAAUCCCAGUGCCAAUGAAUUAUAGAAGAGGGGCAGCUCUGCUGAGCUCUUGUGCCCCUGCCCUGACCUGAUGGCCGUUACUUGUGGCCCCUGGUUGACAUCACUUUAGUUAAAGGGACACUGUGUGAGAUUUUUAGUUGUUUAUUUCCAGAAUUCAUGCUGCCCAUUCACAUAAUGUUAUCUUUUUCAUGAAUACUUAUCACCACCAUCAAAUUCUAAGUAUUCACUAUGACUGGAAAAAUUGCACUUUUCAUACAUGAAAAGGGGGAUCUUCUCCAUGGUCCGCCAUUUUGAAUUUCCAAAAACAGCCAUUUUUAGCUGCAAAAAUGACUGUACUUGGACCACACUAGAAAAUAUUUGUUUAUUACCUAGUAAACUUUCAUGUAAAGAUAAAAUUUGGCAAUAGGCAGCCCUGUUUCAAAGAGCAGCAUAGUUGCAGUACCUUUUUUGACCAUUUCCUGCACAGUGUCCCUUUAAAGGAAGUGGAUGAAAUGAUGUGGUUCACUGAAUGUCGUUAUCGCUGCCUUUUCGUCAUUGGCUCAUAGUCUGUCCCAGAAAGACGCUAUCUGAGGAAAAAAAGUAGGCAAUGUCAUGCAAGUUUUUAAAAUAGUCUUACAACGGCAUAGUUUUACAACCUUCAUGUAAAUCGUACUUAUUUUUGUGCUUGAUUUCCUGCUGAUCUUUGUGGCCGUGUCCAGAAUGUUCACUCGUUCACUUCGUAGUGCACUUUUGUAGGAUGUGUGCUGCAUCACUACUUAGGACGCUAUAUACAGUUGGCUGUGGGGUAUUGUUUAACCUUGCAUUGCUCAGUGUAGUGAGAACGAGUGAAUAUUUUGGAUUCGGUCCAUGUUACUUCUGAUCUUCUUGUAUCUUUUCACACAAUGCACUGGAUGUCGUAUGGGAACACGAUUUUUGUUAUUGUUAUUUAUUUCUUUUCUUUGUGACUUGUCACUCAUUCCCAUCGUGCCCAUUGAACCUGAGAUGUUUAGCAUGUAGGACAUGUCUGUGUUAGGUCUUAACCUGGUGUGGCUAAUAGGCCUACAUACUAGCACAGCAAGUGUGUCAGCCCCUUGUGUCACGUGCUUGGCCCUGCUGUACGUGUGCUAGUUUGCAUCGUAGUCCGGAAAUUAGGUUCAGUCAUGCAGCUGGAGAGGGAAUUCCAAGGUUGUGGUUCAGUAACAAAAUUCAGAGGCGAAAGGUAGUCGUACAUCAAGUUAUCAGGUGAUAUCAGCCCGGAGUCUUCAUUUUCCUAACGAAAGCGACCCCUGAAUCACUCUAUUGGGCUUACCACUUCCUGCACGCUACCUUAGCCAGGUUUAUCAAUUAACCAUAUCUUUUGUAUACCCCCCUUGGUAGAUAAACCGUAUUAAAUUGACUAACAAAGGUGACUCAGACCAUGAAUAUAUAGAUGAAUAUAGCAACAAUGCCACAGUGGCUGUUCUUCACCACUUGGCUGUUGGCAAAGUCAGGUAGUCACUGAACCAGUUAUUUGGAAUUACCUCCCAGAUGUGCUCUGUCUUAGUUUACAUCAUGUUCUAACUAGAGAAUGCACUGAUCUGCCCCGGUUCUGUCUGAACCGGCAGAUUUAAUAGUUUACAUACUCUUCUCCACUGACUUAACUAAGAAUAAAUCAAGUAUAUACCAUAUUCUAGCUGUGGGGGAAAAAAAGACAUAUCAACGCUUGCAGUUAGGAAUGUGUCGUUUGUGUUCCAUUGUUUUUGAUGACUGUUCCUUUAAUGAAACUCCACCCAAUUAGUGGACCACACGGUGGCAGUGUUGAGCUACUUUUCAGUCCUCUUGCAGGCUGUAGGUUUUAGAGAUGGUUGAUGUCUCUCUUUCAAAUUAAUUUACUAGUUAACAGCUUUUUAGAAUUCACUGAAUUACUUUGUACUAAAGUUAUCCAUUACUGUGUGCACUGAUGAGACCACACAAUUCUACAGCACUGUAAAAGCAAUGCUGUCAGAUCAGGUCAAGCAGAAUAUGUAUGUCUCAAGUUUAUCCCGAGGGGUCAAAUAGACGUGUCUGGUGUUGAAUUAGAUUCAGUCUGACAGAUUAUUUGUAAAUUUUACAUGAGCUUUGACCAAAUGUGUUGAAGAGCGAGUUGCAAUCAUAUCUUGUUGUUUGAUUGUGGGGGUUACACUCAUGGUUUUUUGUUGUUCUUGUCUUGUCAUUACCAUUCCUGUCUUUAAUCUUAAUGGAUUCUGCAUAGCACUUAAGCACUAGGUCUUAAAAACGGUUACAUGUGCACAUUCUCUCGCUAAAAAACAAUUGACAAUGACGAUAUUAUUCUUUAAAAAGAAAAAAGAAAACUAGCUCUUGGUUCUGAAGUGUUUGCUGAAGCCAUAUGCAUGUGACGUCCUGCUGUUAAAUUGUAAAAUGUUGUCUUAUCUCGCUGCUUGUCAGGCCAUGCGGCUUUCGCCUUGUGUCUGCCCUCGUGUCUGUUUACGACUACUCUGAAUGUGGCAGGAAGAGGCCAUAUGCUUUCUACGUUUAGAAACAAAGUUACACAUCAACACACAAGUUUUCAAUGGCAGAGAACAGCACUUUUUUUGUCUAGAGAUGCGAGAGAUGAGUCUGACUGCAGUACUGCAAGUUUGUGAUUGUGCCAAAUUCAGGGGUAUAGCAACUCAAGUAAAAAAAAAAAAAGCUGUGGCCAUUUUUUUGUCUUUAUUGUUUUGUGUGAGGACAAUAAUGCUGUUAAAUUAUUUUAUUUGGACAUGUGACGUCUAGGUCUACUCUUUGCCGACCCAACUGGUGACAAUUUCAAAACAAUUUAUAACUCAAGCCAAAACUUCAUGAUAACCAAAAUCUCAUGGCAAACCCCAUUUGAUAGAUG